AUGGGAAAUACACAAGGAAAGCCCAUUUCUUCUAACGAGGCUGUCAACCUCAACCACUUUCGCCUCCUUCGGGUAGUUGGAAAGGGUGCCUUCGGCAAAGUUCGCAUCGUUGAGAGGAAAGAUACCGGCCUUACUUUCGCCCUAAAAUACAUUCGAAAAGAAGAGGUCGUACGUUCGGAAAGCGUACGGAACAUGAUUCGUGAACGACGAAUGCUCGAACACUUGAACCAUCCCUUCCUGUGCAAUUUGCGUUAUAGUUUCCAGGACAUCGAAUACAUCUACCUCGUUGUCGAUCUAAUGAAUGGUGGCGACCUUCGAUUCCAUAUCUCCCGCAAAUGCUUCACCGAAGAAGCAGUGCGCUUUUGGGCCGCAGAACUUGGCUGUGCUUUGAGAUAUAUUCAUUCUCAAGGCAUCAUUCAUCGCGACGUUAAGCCGGAUAAUGUGCUAUUGGAUUCUGAAGGCCAUGUUCACUUGGCAGAUUUCAAUGUGGCAUCGGAUUUCCGACCAGGAAAGCCUCUCACAAGCAAGUCGGGAACAUUAGCUUACCUGGCCCCAGAAGUGUAUGAAGGCGGCGGAUAUUACUUUGAAGUUGACUGGUGGUCUUUGGGUGUCACGUUUUACGAAUGCAUUUACAACAAGCGUCCAUUCGAGGGCCGCAGCCAGGAUACCCUGAGCGAAAACAUCAAAAAGGCAUCACCGAAAUACUAUGUCACCAACCCCGCAGUUUCAGUCCCCUGUCUGCGAGCUUUGAUGGCCUUGAUGGAGCGUGACCGCAGUCGCCGGAUUGGUGCCAUUAGCUUUGAGAGUUUCACCUCACAUGAGUUCUUCGCCGACAUCGACUUUGAAGCUCUCGAGCGAAAAGAGAUUCCCCCGGUGUUCCGACCGUCUAGCGACAAGACGAACUUCGAUGCAACAUACGAUCUGGAGGAACUCUUGUUGGAGGAGGCGCCCUUGGAAGCCCGGGCCCGUCGACAGAAGCCGCGUGCAGAACUACGUGACGAUGCCACGGCCAAGGAAAUCCGAGAGGAUGAACUUCAUCGCUUGAUUGAGACCAUGUUUGAACCAUUCGACUACACCACCGUCGACUACCAAGGCAGUGCCGCCGAAGCCAUUGCCGCAGUAAUAAACCCCGAAGAAUGCCUGCCCAAUGCAACCACCAAAAUCAAUACCUCUCACACCCGACAACCCUCCCAACAUGACUCCGCCGUUCGCGUUUCAUCUCUAAACGAGGGGGUUGCUCACCCACUACACACGAUUGAGCCGACCACACCGGGUAGUGAGAAUCUCGACCCGAACGACUCGGCCUCAAUCGGCCAACCACCCUCCCCCUCGACUCGGGCAUCGGCCUCUCCUCCGCCUCAACCUCCCUCUUUCCACCGCCCCUUACCGCCACCGUCUCGGCGGGCUGGUGCGACACGAAAGAUGAGCAAAGGAGGAGGUGUACAAAUGGUAUUGGAAGAAGCUGGUAGCUGGAGCGAGCUCGCCAAUCACAGCUCCACCCUCCCUGCAGAGGGUCUCGACGGUGACGCGGCGAAAGGAAAGGGCUCCAACAGCGGCAUGCUCUCGUUCCUGAGUCGUAAGAAGGGUCGUGACCGCAGUCCGAAGCCCACAGAGCCAGGUGUUCUGGGCAAAGAAGGAGCUCGGCAAAUCAUCAGCUAA